AUGGUCGGAGUCCCCCAUAGCACAGGCUGCUCGCUGUGCCGCGAAAGACGCAUCAAGGUCGGUGAUUCCUCUCCUACUCUCGUUUCAAUCCAACUGACAGAACAGUGCGACGAGGCCGUCCCCCAAUGCUCGCAAUGCCGGAAAUACGGCCGCCCGUGUCCAGGCUACCGCCGCACCUUUCGCUUCCAGGAUGAAGGACCAGCCCUCCAACGCCGGCACCAGUCAAGGUCCCAGUCUCGCAGACGUCCAGAGACAACCACAGAUGCGGCAGCAGCGGCAGCAGCAGUCGUGCGCAACAACGCCAUCGCAAUGAUGCGCCAAACCCGCUCAGAGGACCCCUCCUCCUCCUCCGCCCACUCCCAAACCCACCUCCACCAAAUGCAGCUGCAAAUGCAAAUGCAACUCCAACAGCCGCACCUCUUCGCCUCCUUCCUCCACUCCGCCUUCCCCACGCUCUACACCUCCAACAUCUUCCGCGCGCACAACCGCCCCGACUUCCUCGCCCACGUCGCCUCCUCCUACGCCUCCGGCGCAGCCCCCUACCUCGCCGCCACCCUCGCCUGUCUCACAUCAAUCUACACCGCGCAGUUCUCCCCCGACCCAGCGCAGUACACCCGCCGCAGCCGGCAGCUGUACGCGCACGCACUCACACACGUCGUCGCGGCACUGCACUCCCCCGCCGCACUGUCCGCCCCGCUUCUAGCGACGAUCAUGAUGCUCGCCGUGUACGAGAUGUACGCACGGACGUCGCCAGACGCGUUCGUCGUGCACGUCGAUGGCGUAAGGAGGAUUAUGCUAGCGAGGGGGCCGGGUCUGCACUUCACCGACGACAACGACACCGACAACAACCAACAACAACCAGCUAGCGCUAGCGCUGAUGCUGGUGCUGAUGCUGAUGCUGAUGCUGAUGCUGGUGCUGGUAUUGAUGCUACGGGGGAAGGCCCCGGCUUCGCGCGCGGCUGCUACAUCGCCUUCCGCGGGUUCCUCAUCGCAACGGCCAUCUACGAGGGGCGCGCGUGCUUCCUGGACGAGGAGGAAUGGCUGCGGUUUGCGGGGAGGAUCCGCGCCGAGGAUGUGCGCAAGGCGGGGCGCGAUGCGCGUGUGGUGGAUGUUUGCGAGCGGAUUUGGAUGGAGGUUGUGCGGUGUCCGAGGUAUUUUGCGGAGGCAUUGCCGGAGGCAGCCCUUCCGGGGGACUCCCCGGAGGGAUGCCCCGGGGUGCCUGGGGGUGUGGAUGAGGGGUUGGUGGCCAGGGUGCGGGCGACGAGGGGCCGGCUGGUUCGGUUGGUUCAAGAGCUGCGGGUGGUUCUGGGGGGGAGUGGGCGAGGGGAGACCGGUCCCGGAUUGCUGCUACAAGGGGCGGAGGAUAUGGUUGCUGCGUUGCAGAGCCUGCUGGUUUGGCUUCGGGUUGGUCGACGACGAGGAGAGUUCCGCGUGGUGUCGGACUUUCAGCGUGGGGUGUCGAGUGCGUCGAGCGAGGCUUUGCCUGUCACUUGGCUGGACCGGGUGGCGUCUUCGAUGGGGGUGAUUGGGUUGAGGGUGAUCUGGGAGGAUAGCGUAUAG